GGGCGGAGGCGUCUCGGGUCCUGCACGAUGCCUCGCUCUUUCCUGGUCAAGAAGAUCAAGGCGGACGCUUUCCAGCCCAGCCCGGCGACCCCCACUUACCACCCCUUGGAAACUUCGUACAAUGAGUUGGCGGGACCCCUGGGGGCCGGCGACCCCGGGGUGGAGGAUGUUUAUGACCCAAAGCAGCAGCAGUAUCUCCUAUUCUCCCCCACCACCAUCACCACCAACCAGAAACCCAUGUUGGACAACUCAGGGUAUCUGCAGACCUGCCUCGCGUCGUCCGGCUACAAGAAUGAAAAGAAGAAGCUCCACCUGGCCUCCUCAGACCCAAUUUACACACCGGCUCACGAAGACUACAGCGACCCCGAGAGCCCUCAAUCCAGCUUGUCGGCGCACUACUUCAAUGGCGAAGCAGCAGUCACCGAGAGCUACUCAAUGGACGCCUUCUUCAUCACCGACGGGCGGUCGCGGCGCCGGAGAGAGGGCCAGCGGCGGGGGGCGCACCGCCACUCGUGCAGCGAGUGCGGCAAGAGCUACGCCACGUCUUCCAACCUCAGCCGGCACAAACAGACGCACCGCAGCCUGGACAGCAAGAUGGCGAGGAAGUGCCCCACCUGUAGCAAGGCCUACGUCUCCAUGCCCGCCCUGGCCAUGCACCUCCUGACGCACAACCUCAAACACAAGUGCGACGUGUGCGGCAAGGCUUUCAGCCGGCCGUGGCUCCUGCAGGGACACAUGCGCUCCCACACGGGCGAGAAGCCCUUCGGCUGCUCCCACUGCGGAAAGGCCUUCGCCGACCGCUCCAACCUGCGGGCUCACAUGCAGACGCACUCGGCCUUCAAGCACUACAAGUGCAAGCAAUGCGAGAAGACCUUCGCCCUCAAGUCGUACCUCAACAAGCACUACGAGUCGGCCUGCUUCAAGGGAGCUGAGCACGCCUGUGAAGCGGAGAACUGA